AUGAAGUUCUCCAUGGUUGCCGCCGCCUCCAUCCUGGCCAUGGGUGCCAUGGCUGCCCCAUCUCCAGCUGAGGGCCUCGUUGCCAGGACUGGCUACAAGAACGACAAGUGCUACAACGAGAAGGAUGCCUGGAAGCAGUGCGAGAAGUACGAGGACAAGCAGAAGAAGGAGUACGACCAGUGCGUCUACUACGAGAACAAGAAGAAGGAUGACUACUACAAGUGCAAGAAGAACGACAAGUAUGAGAUCUGUUACAAGGACUACAACAAGAAGAAGUCCUACUACGACGAGUGCAAGAAGGACGAGAAGACCUACGAGGACGCCUACAACAGGUCCUACAAGGACGAGGGCCUCAAGAAGAAGUGGCAGAGGAAGAAGCAAGAGUGCGACGCCAAGUACAACGAGUGCGAGGGCUACAAGAAGACCUGCGACAGCUACCAGAAGGACUGCAGCAAGUAUGAGAACGAGUGGCACGAGUACGAGCAGAAGUGCGACAAGUACGAGCACGAGUGGCACGAGUAUGAGCAGAAGUGCCAUGAGAAGGAGGCGGAGUACAACACUUGCAAGAACAAGCCUUCGUACCAGCCACCAUCGUACGGCAAGUCAAACAAGGGCUACUAG